AUGGAUGGAGAUGUGCGCGGAGAGCUCUGCUGUUCUCCUCCAGCGCCGCAGCUCGUUUGCCGCAGACCCCGCCCACCCCGCGCCAUUGGUCCAAUCAACACCUGCCAAAGAACUUUUUUUAUCUUUCAGUUGGAAAAAGAUGACACAUCCUCCGCCGCACAGACCUUGAAAGCAGCCUUUAUGGAGGCAGAAAAACGCAGUCCAGGGCUUACACAACAGAUUCUAUUAAAAAUACUGCAGAAGGAAAAGAUACAAGUCAACUACCAUGAGUGUCUGCUCCGGAUGGCUGAUGAAGAAUUUGAAGCUCUGAUGAUUGACAGGAAGGAGCCAGAGCUCCAAACCCUGAAUAAGAAAGCCCGCGCUCUUAAACGUGUCCUCAGCACCGUCCCCGACGAAAUCCAAGACAAAGUGCGCUUCCUACAGACCAUCAAGGACAUCGCUGGUGCCAUCAAGGAGCUGCUGGACACUGUGAACGCCAUCUUCAAAACGCACCAGUAUCAGAACAGACGGGCCAUGGAGCAGAAGAAAGAGUUUGUGAAGUGUUCCAAGAACUUCAGUGACACGCUCAAGGUCUACUUCAAAGACGGAAAAGUGGCUAACGUCUUUGCCAGCGCCAACCGCCUCACCCACCAGACCAGCAUGAUCCUCCUCGCCUUCAAGAGCAACGCCUGAACACUCACCACGAGCCCCGCCACAUGCAGAACAGCAAAUCAUAACAAGCUAUUUCAAUCACCAGCGCUUUUUAUGUAUCGAGUAUUGAAUCCAGAUCAAAUAUAUAAACUACGAUGAACAAAAAAUAUGACGCAAUCCCGGAUAAACAGCUUGCACUUUGAAAUGCAACAGCUGUAAUGAUGGGAGAAAGUACAGAUCAAAGUAGGCCUAUAUAUGAAGUGUCACUCAGUGCUUUAAGAGAUAUGAGACAGCUGUACAAUAUUAAUGAUAAAAUAAUUAGUAUUCCAGUCAACUUUCUGUAUCUAUGGCAGUAUUUAUCACAGAGUCUUUUUGUAAAUAAAUAAGGACUAAAAUGUACGAAUGUUGAGAUGUCAUAAAACUGUAAUUCUCAAAACUA